AUGGACUACGACCAACAACCAUCUCGGAUCGUCUUCGAAAGGAGGCUCCCCGCAGAAGCGAGGAGGGAGCAAGACGACUGGGGCGGCUUGUCGGAUGCCAGAGCCAGGAGAAGGAUCCAGAAUCGGCUGAACCAACGCUCUUAUCGCCGCAGACGAGCAGCAGAACGAGAGGCCAAAAGGGCGUCAGCGACUCGCAGCCCGCAGAAGCCCCUACCGCUCGCCCCUCGGGAGAUUGUUCCUGCAGCAGAUCCAAAAAGCAAUGUGAACGAGGCGUCGUCUAGGCGAGACGCCCCGUCCCCAGGACACCCUUUCGGCCCAGUCGACCUACGCUCUCAGACUCGGCUCCAGCAAAUCACGUCCCCGGUACCAGGGUGUGCAGUGCUGCUAGCGAAUCCUCAGGUCCGGCGAGUGCACUACUACGCCCGCACGACGCUAUGGCCGGCCUUCAAGCACCACAGCCUCGAGACCAACGAGUCCUUGACCUCGUCCUUCUUCCACUUGAGCAUGGUCGACGAGCUGCUGCUCAAUUCCUUCGUCUGGACCGCCGCGUUGGCCAUGUCGAUGCACCUGCCUUACACCACCACGGACAACGAAGCCGUUAUGUUCUCCUGCCAGAACAGGGCGGUCCAGAGCAUCCGGGAGCACAUCGCGCGGAACCAAGUCUCGGACUCGGUAAUCUUUGCGGUCCUAGGUCUCACGAUCCGCGACACCAACCCCCGCGUCGUCGAAAGGCAGGAGGGCCGAGACGAUGAUGAUAGCUACUUUGGAGGGUUCGAUCCUCCGCUUCGGUCGCUCGGCUGGAUCCAGUGUUUCUCGCACUUUCGCUGGACGCCGUCGCACAUCCGAGCCGCCAAGUCCCUGGUGGCGGCGCGAGGCGGUCUCCAGCAUAUCUCGAUGCCUGGUGUCGCGGAGCAGAUCCAGUCCACCGACAUCCUCCAUGCCAGCAUCUCACUCUGCCGCCCACAUUUUACGCUGUGCCGCCUGUACCAGCACGUCCUGGAUAACCACGUCAAAAUGAUCCGCCCGCCCCGUGAGAGGCUGGACGAGGCGUUCCCCGCCAUCACCAACGUCGAGUUCAAGGACCUGCUCCUCGACAUGAGAAUGUACUGCCGCGAGCUCGAGCGAGUGACGACAGAGUGCGGCGGCGGCGGUGCUCCUGCGGACGGUGAUGGGGAGGAGUCCGACCUCGUGCUGUCACCGGUGGCCUGGGAAACGAACGUCUACCGCAAUCUUAUCCAGUACCGUCUGCUGCGACUGCCCGGUUGCGAGAACCAGCUGGAGGAACUCUGCCGGCUUGGAGCCAUGAUCUUCAGCUACGGCGUCAUUUUCCCCGUCGCCCGCCCGGAACCAUUACGCUUGUUGGUCAAGCGGCUGAGGAGCGCGUUGGAGGAGUAUCACCCGCAGCUCUGUCUUCCGACGACGCUGAAUCCCAACCAAGCACCACCACCACCACCACCACCACCACCAGCGUCCUCCAAUCAGAGCGAGGCCGCAGCGGAGGGAGAUGCACACGCAGCAGCUUCUCCAAAGAAACCAUCCCCUUCUCCGCUGACAUUCCUCCUCUGGCUCGCCGUGCUGGGGGCCCUCGCGUCCAAGACCAACGACCACGACGAAUCCUUCUUCCUCGACCUCGUGGCAACCUGGUCCGCGGCGUCGGGGGUCGUGCGAUUCACCCAGCUGACGGCCGUCAUGCGCGGCUUCCUCUGGCUCGAACGCGCUUGCGACAAGGGUGCUUUUGAGGUGUGGAUGAAGGUUCUUCGAGGCAGGAUGGUUGUUGAGGCGGAGGAGGAGGGGCAUGGCGGUGGUGGUGACGGUGGCACUCCUCGUAGUGUUCCUGGUCCAGAAAGGACAGACGACAAGAACCUCGAUGCGUCUUUGCUGGAACAGAAGUGGCGGCAUCGGCGGCAGCAACAGCAGCAGCAGCAAAAGGACGCGGUUGAUAGGUCUUUGCUUACGGUGUCUUGGAUCUGUGCAGGGCUAGAGGAAAGGUAA